AUGUCCUUCCGGAAAAGCGCACCAACACUGCGAAAUGACAGCUCCUCACGCACGCACGCCGUCUGUCGCAUCAGAAUUGUCAACAAAGACGUCUCGGAAACUCCCGACGGCCUACUCUUUCUCAUCGACCUCGCAGGCAGCGAAGCAGCAGCCGACACUAAAGAGCACAGUGCCGAUCGAAUGAGAGAAUCGCGUGAGAUCCAUAAGUCUUUAUCAACGCUGAAAGAUUGUAUUCGAGGGAGAACGAUGUGGUACAUGGAUCAGGCGCAGGUGGGUCUUGGUGGAAAGUCAAACCCGGUUCAUAUUCCGUAUCGGAAUAGUACUCUCACGAAGGUAUUGAAACAUGUUUUUGAUACAAAAGGUCAUCGGCAUUGCAAGACAGCUGUUGUGGCAUGUUUGAGUCCGAACAUUGUUGAUGUUGGACCGACGAAGAAUACUUUUCGCUACGCCGAGCUGCUCAGAAUCCCAGUUCCGCCGUUCAAGAAGCCUCAGCACAAGGAAGAUAUGCCGUCGACUUGGACUUCGACAGUAUUAAAAGCUUGGAUCGAUGAUAAUUCCGGCAACCCACCAAUCAACUCCCCCCUCCUCGCACCAACAGAGAACGGAAUCCAGAUCUGCCGCCUCCCCAAAGGCGAGUUCGUAACACGGUGUCUAAAAACGCCUGGAGUUACCGAAGAACAAGCCCGAGCUUUCUAUGACAAGUUCUGGCGUCUACAUAUCGAUUCUCGGAAAGUGCUCAGCAGUACCUCCAACAAAACAAAGGGGGUGCAAGCGAAAGUACCAGAUAUACAGACACAGAAGUCUGAGGACGGUAGUGGGAAAGACACAGCAAGUGUGCCCUUUCAACAACGUCUCUGCCCAGGGAUGUUCAUCGAGCGCAAGAUGUCCUCUCAAUACCUCUCCAAGUUCAUGAUCAUGUGUCCCGUUGGCGCAUUUUCCAGCUCAACUCCCAACUCAACAUCGAAUUCCGCUUCUUCCCAGACUCAAUCCCAAGCACAAACCCCAGAAAAAUCUUAA